CAGUGGUUAUGCGCCAUAUUGGCAGUUUCCUCCAUCUCAGUAGACGUCGAGCAUGCAUGUCCCGAGCCGGUGACUGAAAGAGGUCCCCUGUAAAUAUUUACAGCCGCCUGCGAGCGAACAGCACAGCGCCAUGGAGGCCGUCAAAGCGUUUAACAACGAGCUGUACUCACUGAAUGAGUACAAGCCGCCGAUCUCCAAAGCCAAGAUGACUCAGAUCACCAAGUCUGGAAUCAAGGCUAUAAAAUUCUACAAGCAUGUUGUCCAGAGUGUGGAGAAGUUCAUUCAGAAGUGCAAGCCCGAAUACAAGGUUCCAGGACUAUACGUCAUCGACUCGAUUGUCAGACAGUCACGUCACCAGUUUGGCACAGAGAAGGAUGUUUUUGCCCCACGCUUCAGCAAGAACAUCAUUCCAACGUUCCAGCACCUCUAUCGCUGCCCUCCAGAUGAUAAGAGUAAAAUAGUUCGAGUCCUGAACCUGUGGCAGAAGAAUGCAGUCUUCAAGAGUGACAUCAUCCAGCCUCUUUUGGACAUGGCCGCAGGCAUUCCUCCUCCUAGUGUCACACCUGUCAUGCCUACUAGUGCUGCCCCAGUCAAUAACACUACUCCUGGCACGCCAGCCACCCCGGCGACCCCAGCCAACAUUGUGCAGGGUCUGCCUGACUGGGCGUCCCAGAUUACCAAUAGGGACACUGUGGCUGCGGUGGCACAAAUCCUGCAGAGCCCUCAGGGACAACAGCUCCAGCAACUGGUACAGAGUUUGCAGAUGCAGCAGCAGAAGCCCCAGCCGUCUCUGCUGCAGGCCUUGGAUGCCGGCCUGGUCGUGCAGUUGCAGGCUCUGACGGCUCAGCUCACAGCUGCUGCUACUGCCAACACACUUAACCCCCUAGAGCAGAGGGUCUCUUCUUUUAAUAAGAAACUCCUGGGUCCCUUUGACUUUGGAAACGACCCCGAACGUGGAGACGAGUCUAAAAAGGAUAGCUCAUCCUCUCAGCUGCCUAUGGUGUCUGAGCCCAUUAACAGCUCACUCUUCCAUCAGUUGGCUGAGCAGCUGCAACAGCAGAAUCUGGAGCAGUUUCAAAAGCAGCUGCUAGAGCACCAGCAGCAUCAGCAGAAGGUUAUGACUAUAGAAGGACAGGACUCGAUCUUUGGGCAGGAGAACACCAUUCCAACUGCUCAAAACAGUAACCAGCCACAGCUUCCUGAGCCAGACGACAAAACAGACGAUUCUAUAGACAACCAGCAGCAGGACAUGGAUCUGGACGAGGGCCCAGAUGGAAUGGAGGAGGAGAUCUUUGAAGCAGAAGAGAAGAAAACUGUUAGCACACGGUCCAGAACACGCUCGAGGUCACGCUCUAGAUCUCCGAAGAGGAGAAGGUCCAGGUCCCGCUCUGGCUCGCGGAAACGUAAACAUCGCAAGCGAUCGCGCUCUCGCUCUAGAGAUCGCAAGAGGAAGUCUUCGCGGUCAUACUCAAGCGAAAGACGCGCCCGAGAGCGAGAGAAGGAGCGGCAAAAGAAAGGACUUCCUCCCAUACGGUCUAAAACAUUAAGUGUGUGCAGCACAACCCUGUGGGUGGGCCAGGUGGACAAAAAGGCCACCCAGCAGGACCUGACUAAUCUCUUUGAAGAAUAUGGCCAGAUUGAGUCCAUCAAUAUGAUCCCUCCCAGAGGCUGUGCCUACAUCUGUAUGGUCCACAGACAGGAUGCCUACCGCGCCCGCCAGAAGCUCAGCACCGGCUCUUUUAAAAUUGGCUCCAAGGUUAUCAAGAUCGCAUGGGCCCUAAACAAGGGGGUGAAGCAGGAGUACAAACAGUUUUGGGAUGUGGAUUUGGGUGUUACCUACAUACCUUGGGAGAAGGUGAAGCUGGAUGACCUGGAUGGCUUUGCUGAAGGAGGAAUCAUUGAUCAGGAGACGGUUAAUGAUGAAUGGGAAGCGGUCAAGAAUGCUGAGCCAGCCAAGGAAGCAACGAGUCAGUUAGUAAGCGCUGACACUACAGCCGCGUCAAACAGCCAGGCUGAGAUGUACACGCAGCAGGUGACCAUGAUGCCUGUACAGCUACCAGUGGCCCAGGCUGUUCAGAGUGCAGUAGGGCUGGUGCCUCCUACCUUCCCCGUCACCAUGAGCAUCCCCCCACCAGGCUACGGGCCACCACCGCCCUUCAUCAGGGCUGGCUUUAAUGCCUCUCAACCUCCACCAGGUUUUAUGCAGGCAGCACAGACAGCAGGCAUGGCCCCAACAACUACUUCUUUAGUUCAGCCGACCGUGGCCUCAAGCCAAGAAGCUGUCAAGGAAUCACCGUUCAAUGCGAUGAUCCCUCCGACCAACACAAUUGCUGGCAGUUUCAUGCCCUCGGCCAUCCCCGGAGCCAGCGUGUUCAGCCCAGUGGGAGUCCAAACUCAGCAAGCUACCAAUGACAAAGCAGUCCAGUCUACAGAAGGAAUGGAUGCUGCUGCCGCUGCUGCCGCUGCUGUUGCUGCAGAGCUCACGCUGCAAGGUAUGCAGAAUGCAGUCCGCAGUGGAAUGGGCCUCUUAGGCAUGCAUCCUACUGCCUCACUCACCCACUCGCUGCAUCCUUCUGGUCUCUCUGGGCAAAGAAUGCCUGGUCUGAUGCCUCUAGACGUGCGACCCAACCUCCUCCAGCCCGGGGCUGCUGCGCGCUUCCCCCUCCUCAUGCAGCAGGGCCAUACCCAGCAAUCUGCUGGUCUCCUCGACAGCUCCCUCCAGGCGCAAGCUCGUGCAAGGGCUCCAUUCCCACAGCUGGACCCCUUCAACCGGGCUUCAAACCUUACUAAUGAAAAUUUAUCCAAGACCGAAGAUGAGUCGUCUUCUGGUGCUGAUGAGGGCAAAGACCAGGACUACCGCUUCCCCCCAGUGGAUAAGCAAAGUACUGGCUUGCUGAGGACACCUCCACCAGAGCAGAGGGAGACACUUGGAAGCGGUAGUGCAGCAGCAGGAGGGAACAGACCUCCUUUGCUUCAGACACCAGGGGCACAGCCAGCCAGAACCAGCCUGGUGGGACGUCUGCAGGCCUUGGCAGGUUUCACUCCAGAUAACCGCUGGAACCAGACCAGAGGGGAUUUCGAUGAACGCGAUGGCAUGCGAGGAGGUCCACAGACUUCUAGUGGUCCUAAAGGCUUCAGGGAGGAGCACUCGACACCUGGGCAGACCUUCCCCAAUCGUUUUGACAGCCGCCCGGGAACAGCUGGAGGCGCAGCAGGGGCUUCUGGGAAUACAGGAGCGGGUGGAGGACCACAGGCCUGGAACCGAAGUGGCGGCGCCACCGCACCUUUUGACAGUGAGUUACAUCAAGACCUAGAUGACCGAAGACGACCAUGGGACAGGCAAAGAGACAGAGAUGAAAGAGAUUUUGACUUCAGGAGGGACAUGAAUGGUAAUCGCCACAGCAGAGACAGAGACCGAGACCGAGAGCGUGAGAGGGACAGAGACAGAGACAGAGACAGAGAAAGGGAGCGAGGCCGAGACCGCACAAGAGAAACUGAACGUGACAGGGACCGUGACAAAGAGCGAGAUCACGAGAGGGAACGUGAACGUGAACGUGGCAGCUGGACACCUCUCCUCCCUCUGCCCACACCUCUGCUUCCAACUCCACCUCUUAAUCCCAAUCUGACCUUGAACCAAGGCAAGCUCCUUUCACCGCUUAAAUUAAAUCCACAGGUUCAAUCCCGAUUCCAAGCCCCGGCCCUGCCUCAAGCUCAAGCGAAGACCUCUCUUUUGAGUCUGAAUCAGCCGCUGGUGCCGAUCAAGUCUCCACCGUCAUCGCAGAACCAAGCAGCCGUGCCUGAGCCCCAGUCAGAAACGCCAGUCGCACCGGAGACACCUCAGACUCAGCCGUCGCCGAUGGCCCUGUCGCCUGACCCCUCAUCUGACAGCAAAAGUCAGAGUCCGUUAACAGAGGUUCUCACUCGAGCUGAGUCACCGGACACACCUCCAGAAACAGCAUCACCUUUUGCAGACACUAAGACACCAAACCAAGCCUCCCCCUUGGUUGAUUCCCCAUGCCGAGACUCCCCUGUGGCCUUCACACAAGCUGCCAGCCCCCCCGCGGAGGCAGCGUACUCUCUGGAGGAGCAGGAAAGCACACAGAAGGACGAAGAGGAGUCACGGAGUCACUCCUCGCCCCAACCCCAGUGGGUCAAUGGGUCUGGCAUGGACAAUAGUAUUGUGGCUGAGCCUACGCCUGAAGCCUCCCCCGAGCCUAGUCCAGACCCCUCAUCUGGUCCCGCGCUCCCUGAAAACGAACAAGAGGAGGCGCUUCAGGAGCAGCUUGCCUCUCCUGAGGACGUAGACAGUGAACAGAGUGAGCCGAUGGAGGAUGCUGCGAGUCAGCCAGUGGUAGACACUGUCACAGACACUGAGGGGACAUAAUCAUCACUCAGUAGGUAAAAGAUCAUUUUGUAAAAUUGUCUCUUCUCUGUACUCAUGUCAGCAAAUCGCCACCACACGGGACAUGAUGAAUACUGACUCAAAUCAGUUAUUGUCUAAUAACCAGUAACAAAUGAUUUUAUCUCUUACCAGUGUACUUAAAUAGAAGGCUCACUAGCUGUUUUAUUGGUAGAUUUUGUUUGUAUUUUAUUUCCUUUUUUAAGUUGUGAUGCCACCCCACCGAUUUUAAUUAAUCAGAACCUGAUGGAUUUUAUCAUACUGCCUGCCAAAAUGUUUCAAUUGUGUAUGGGAAAAGUGGGCUUUGACCUUCCUAUGGAAGAGAGUAAGAAAUCCUGGCUGUUCAACGAGAGAUUGAGUAUAGAUCACAGGAUACUUGCAAACAGCUGUUGCUGGUCCUAUUUCUGUCUCCUUUUAAAAAAAAAAAAAAAAAAAAACGCCUCUGCAAAGUUUUCAGUGAAGGCUUUUGCGGCGCUCCGCGAUGCUUUUCCGUCUCUGAGCAGAACAAAUAGCCUGCAUACAGCGAGACCGUCACAUCUGCUCCUAAUUGGAUAGAAUGAACAUCUUUUAAAAAAAAGUGAAACACGUGAAAAUGUUGUAUCCCCAAAAUAAAUGUCUGUAAUUUGUUUCCAAUUACAACAACACAAGUGGGAAAUGCCAGGGGGGGUGAAAAACAAAACGAACCGUGGGAUGUUCUCAUGUCGGGUGCAUAUUGUUUUAGUUUGAAAUAAACAUGCUUUGUCUGUUUUAAAACACAUGCUUUAGGACUGUUUUCUGACCCAGGACCAGUGGAAACUAAGACGGCUUUACAGACUCAUUCGCAUUGUGUGCUAUCACCUCGGUCAAUUUGAUCUUCUCGUAUCUCAAGUUUGCUGCUUUGCCAUCCGCCCGCCAAGCACUUUUGUUGGAUGCGACCGUGGGACUUGUAGUUCUGUAGUUGCGGAUGACUUCAGCCAGUACGUUCCCGUCAGAUGUUGCUGGGUGACUGUUGCGGAUGGGAUUGUGCCUUUUUUCUGAAUGGAUUUUGUGGUUCGCGACGCUACCCAACACUACCGCGAGACUGUGUGCGUAAGUUCUGUCAAGAGAAAUCGACCCUGUCCGCAAUUGACUCGUUGACAAUUGGAGCGGUAGCUGCGCCGUUUGUACAGCACUCGCCUCGAUCACAAUAUUUACUCACUCUGUGCAUGCAGGCCUGUAGCCAUGUUUUAACCUUCCUGUCUCUCUUGUUCAUUUCAUACUUGUAGUGGUUUUCUGUUGAGACAAACUACUAGAAACGUCAUAGUCUGUUGUUCUCAGACCAAAAUGUCUACUUACAGGAGUUGUAAUGUUGAAUAAAAAUUGAAGGUGCAUCCGA